AUGGCGUAUUUUCAGAUACCUCCUCCGGACGUGCUUAAUUUAAAUGAUGGUUCAACGGCUUCGAACUGGCGCGAAUGGAAGUCCGCUUGGAGCAAUUACACGUUGGCGACAAAGCUUGAUAAAGAAGACGAGGCACGUCAGGUAGCUACACUUCUAGCAGUAAUAGGAAAAGAAGCAAACAAAGUAUUUAGGACAUUUGUUUGGGGGUCAGAAGAUGAUUCUAAGAAAAUUGAUCUAGUCAUAACGAAGUUCGAGGAAUACUGUAUUCCAAGACAGAAUGUGACAUAUGAACGUUUUCGACUGUUUACGCGUGAUCAAGGGCCCACAGAAACCGUAGACCAGUACAUGAUGGAGCUGCGUAGAAUUUCUGCAAACUGUGAUUUGGAGUCGAUUACACCAGAUCAAAUAUUGCGAGACCGACUUGUUACUGGAAUUAGGGAUGCAAAGGUACGCGAACGAUUACUUCGAGACAAUAAACUUACCUUAGAGAAAGCACUAGACAUUGUGCGAGCUGCUGAGAGUACGACAGCUCAAAUGAAGGAGAUGAAUUUAGAGGCUGGAAUACAUGCUGUCCGGCAGACACAACAACAUGACGGGUCCAAAGAAGAUGUACCAAAAUCGGAUAAAGCGGUAAUAAAGGAUUGCAAAUAUUGUGGUCGCGAUCAUGAGAAGCGUAAAUGUCCGGCAUUUGGCCAAACAUGUAGAAAGUGUGGAGUAAAAAAUCAUUUCGCAGUUAAGUGCCAAGCUAAAAGUAAAGUUUCUGCUGUGCAUGAUCAAGAUCGAUUUUAUUUGGGCACCACCAAAACGGGUGAAAAGGAAGUUCGUUCAACUGUAACUUUAACAAUGUUAAAUGAAGUAGACGAUGUACCAAAUGGAGAUGUCCAAUUUCUUAUGGACACUGGGGCAGAAUGUAAUGUACUACCAUUGAAUGUGUACCAGAAAGUGACAGGUGAUAAAGAACUAAAUAAAUUAGAUAAGAACAAACGUUCAGUGCUCGUUUUAGCCAAUGGAUUUGAACAGCCUAUUGAAGGUCGGGCCAUGGUGAGAGUAAGUCGAGGUACUCAGACCCACAAACUUGUUGUGAAUGUAGUAAAAGGACAAGGGUACGAGCCAAUCCUAUGCAAGCAGACCUUGAUUGACAUGGGCAUGAUAAAGAUCCUUGAUUCCGACCAAAAACCCCGAGUAAGUGUAGUAACAGCAGGAUGCGACCCUUUGUUACAAGAGUUUAAUGAUGUCUUUGAAGGUCUUGGAAAGCUCGAAGGACAAUACACGAUUGUCACAGAUCCAUCAGUGAAGCCUGUGGUACAUCCGCCUCGCCGUUUGCCAGUAGCAUUAAUCGAUCAAGUCCAAGAAAAGCUUGACAACAUGGUAAAGGAUGACAUUAUUGCAAAAGUUGAUCAACCCACUGAUUGGGUCUCCAGCAUGCUCGCUGUCCGAAAACCGACGUUGGGGCCAGACGGAAAAGUUGAUAUUCGCAUUUGUCUUGAUCCAAAAGAUCUAAAUGGUGCAAUAAAACGUGAACAUUUCCCAAUGCCUACUAUUGAAGAAGUUGCUACGCGAUUAAAUCGGGCGAAAAUUUUCAGUGUGUUUGACGCCAGUAAUGGAUUUUGGCAAGUAGAACUCGAUCCAGCGUCCAGCCGAUUCACUACUUUCAACACUCCAUUUGGGCGGUAUUGUUGGAAACGUAUGCCGUUUGGUAUAAGCAGCGCACCAGAAGUAUGGCAGCGAAAAAUGCACGAACAUGUUGAAGGGUUACAUGGGGUGGAAGUGAUAGCGGAUGAUUUUGUUGUGGUUGGGUUUGGAAGUACCCCAGAGGAGUGGAAUGCUGACCAUGACCGCAAUGUCCGUGCUUUUCUGGAGCGCUGUCGGGAGAAGAACCUGAAGCUCAAGAAAGAAAAAGCUCAGUUAAGGAAGACGGAAGUGGCAUUUAUCGGACACAUAUUAACCCCAGAUGGUUUGAAGCCUGAUCCAAAGAAAGUAGAGGCCAUCAACGACAUGCCUCAUCCUACAGAUGUGCAGUCUCUACGAAGGUUCCUGGGUAUGGUAACCUACCUAGCCAAGUUUUUGCCAUGUCUUUCUGAUGAAACGGAAGUGUUGAGGAAGCUCACAGAGAAAGAUGCCGAGUGGUGUUGGUUAACCGCACACGAAGAAGCCGUGGUACGAAUCCAAAGAAUGAUCAGCACUGCGCCAGUGCUUGCCUACUAUGACGUCACAAAGCCCGUAACUAUACAGUGUGAUGCCUCCCAAACCGGUCUUGGAGCUGCUCUUCUACAAGAUGGCCACCCAAUUGCCUACAGCUCUCGAGCACUAACAGCAACUGAGCGCAACUACGCGCAAAUAGAGAAAGAGCUCUUAGCCAUUGUCUACGCGUGCGAGAAGUUCGACCAAUACAUUUUCGGAAAGAGCGACGUAGUGGUAGAAUCAGACCACAAGCCACUGGAGACUAUAUUUAGAAAACCCAUUCACAGCGCACCGAAGAGGUUGCAACGGAUGCGAUUACGACUACAAAGCUACGAUAUCCGAGUCGAAUACAAGAAAGGAACCAUGAUGUAUCUGGCUGAUACGCUCAGUCGAGCGUAUUUGAAUGUCAGCGCAAAACAAAGAGAGUCUUGUGAUGUACGAGCAGUGAAAGAACAAGUAUUUUCAGCUGAACUCGAACAGUUAAAGCAUGAUGAAGACCUAAAUGUUCUCCCACAAAAAUUGAAGAAACUGCGGGAAGAAACAAGCAGAGAUGAGGAGCUCAAAAUUCUGAUCCACUUUAUCACUCAUGGUUGGCCUGACAAUCGUAAGGAAGCAUCCAAACUCGAUAAUCCCAGUAAGAGAGUUUUCUAUUUAUACUGGAACAGUCGUGAUGAAUUGACCUAUGAAGAUGGCAUUGUGUAUAAAGGACACCGCGUGGUGAUACCUGCGGCAGAGCGUCAAAAUACCAUGAAAAGCUUGCAUCAAUCACACAUCGGUAUCGAAGGCACUUUGAGACGAGCACGUGACACCGUCUACUGGCCUGGAAUUACGGCAGUUCUUAAAGAUUACAUAUCCAAAUGUGGAAUUUGUAACAGAUAUCGACCAGAACAAUGCAAAGAACCAUUGCACCCUCACAAAGCGCUCGAAAUACCAUGGGAGAAAGUCGGCGUAGAUUUAUUUGAGUUGGACGGACAGACAUUCCUAAUAGCGGUGGAUUAUUAUUCUGGGCUGUUUGAAGUUCAAGACAUGACAAGUACAGUGGCAUCGCGUGUCAUCACCGUACUGAAGUCGUGGUUUGCUCGACACGGUAUUCCUAUUUCAGUGAUGAGCGAUAAUGGCCCGCCAUUCAACAGCGAAAGUUUUAAAGACUUUAGUGACGAAUGGGAUUUUAACCAUAUUACCUCUAGUCCUCACCACCCACAAAGCAAUGGAAAAGUUGAGAAUGCUGUAAAGACCUGCAAAUCAUUGUUAAAGAAAGCUCGCGACGACAAACAGGAUCCACUCCUCAGCAUACUCGAAUGGCGCAAUACACCAACCGAAGGCAUGGGUGCUUCUCCCGCCCAGUUACUGUAUGGUAGACGUACUCGAACACGUCUUCCUGUUGCAAAGAAACAGUUGAAACCGAUUCUUAUCGAAGGAGUGACGAAGAAGAUCGAGAAAGGCAAAGAGAAGCAAAAGAAAUAUUUUGAUCGACAGUCGCGGAAGUUGAAAAGGCUGUCAGCAGGCGAUGUCAUCCGAAUGCGUUGUAAGGGUGAUUCAAGAUGGUCUCUUGGUAAGGUCAUUGAAGUUAUGGGUUUUCGAUCUUACCUGGUUGAGGUCAAUGGAAGAAGAUAUCGUCGAAAUCGAAGGCAUUAA